GUGUGAGUGAUAUCCCACUUUAUAUACCAAUAUACUUUAUUUAUUCAGUAAAAAUAUAUUAGAGUAUAACUGUGCCCGCAACUUCAUUCCAUGUAGUACCUUCGCGGAGUUUCACGACAGUUUUCAUACAGCGCCCGACUACAACGGAAGUACAAUGAGUUCGGUCUGUUAUAAUGGGGCUAAUGACAGACUUAUCCAUGAGGCUGAUCAAUUGAUAUCCUACAUAGAACGAGGUUCCACGGUGCUCAAGUUUUAUCCUAGAAAAAGACCAGAACGGAAGUCACUGCUAGUGAGGCGAGAAACACAUCAAGUGAUAUGGUUCCGGACUGGAGCACCGCAACGACAGGCAUACGAAGGAGCUCUGGAUAUCAGGGAUGUGAAAGAAGUUAGGGUCGGGAAAUCCUCCAAAGACUUUGAACGAUGGCCCGAAGAAACGAAAAGGCUUGAGCAGUCCAAAUGUUUCACUAUUUACUAUGGCACAGAGUUCAAAUUGCGAUCGGCGUCUUUCGCAGCUCAAACUGAUAAAGAAUGUGAGGCAUGGGUAAAAGGUGUGAGAUUCCUUGUUGAGGAAGCUAUAAGCGCUUCUUACCCACUACAGAUAGAGAGGUGGCUGAGGAAAGAGUUCUAUGCAAUUGAAAACUCCCAUGAGAAGAUAACAUUAAAAGAAGUUAAAGCAUUUUUACCAAAAAUCAAUUGCAAAAUAUCAACAAGUAAACUUCGGGAUAUAUUUCAAGAAGUUGACACUGGGAAACAUGGUGAAAUUGGGUUUGAUGAUUUUUCUAUAUUGUACCACAAAUUAAUAUUUGAUGAAAAUAAUGUACACGACAUAUUCGACAAAUACAGUAACUAUUGCUCCAAUGGUACUACAAUAACACUAAAAGAAUUCCAAAGGUUUCUGAUAGUGGAACAACAUGAUAGACUGGGGGAUGAUGAGUUGAGAGCAUCACAAUUUAUCAGGGAUUACCUAAGGGAUCCACAGAGGGAUAUAUAUGAGCCAUACUUUACUUUGAAUGAAUUUGUUGAAAUGUUAUAUUCUAAACAAAAUACACUAUGGGACAGCAAGCAUGACAAUGUUACUCAGGAUAUGACUAGACCAUUAUCUAACUACUGGAUCUCAUCAUCACAUAAUACAUAUUUGACUGGGGACCAGUUUUCCAGUGAAUCUUCCUUAGAAGCAUAUGUUCGAUGUUUACGAUCUGGUUGUCGAUGUAUUGAAUUGGACUGUUGGGAUGGCCCUGAUGGCACUCCCUUUAUUUACCACGGUCAUACACUUACUACCAAAAUUAGAUUUAUGGAUGUGCUCCGUACUAUAAAAGAACACGCCUUCAUAACAUCCGAUUAUCCCUUGAUAUUGUCCAUAGAGGAUAACUGCUCUUUACCACAGCAGAGGCGAAUGGCGAGCGCUUUUCAGGAUGUGUUUGGUGACAUGUUGUUAACACAACCUAACGAAAAGAAUGAGAAUGCACUCCCUUCACCUCAUGAUUUACGCAGGAAAAUUAUAUUAAAGCACAAAAAGUUACCGGAAGGUGCAGAGGAGAAUUCAUUUGCAGUCCGCCAAGAAGAAGGUAAAGACCUAGAUUUGAGGAAUUCUAUCAAGAAUGGUAUACUACUAUUGGAGGAUCCUGUGGAUAAGGAAUGGAAUCCUCAUGCCUUUGUGUUGACUGAAACAAAACUAUAUUAUACUGAAAACUACAGUACUCAACGCGAGACUGAUGCAGACAGCGAUAGUGAACCAGAAGGCGACGGUAAUUUAAGUAUACCGCAAGAUGAAUUGCAUUUUGGUGAAUGCUGGUUCCAUGGUAAAUUGGCAGGGAACAGACAAGAAGCGGAGGAUCUCCUUAGAGCACAUGCCCAUCUCGGCGACGGCACUUUUCUUGUCAGGGAGAGUGGUACUUUUGUUGGUGAUUAUUGUCUUUCAUUUUGGAGACAGGGUAAAGGGAAUCAUUGCCGAAUAAAAUUAAAACAAGAGAGAGGAGUUACUAAGUAUUGCCUUAUUGAUGCUGUAUGCUACGAUAGUCUGUACAGUCUGAUUACACACUGUAGACAACAUCCUCUUCGCAGUCCGGAGUUUCUAAUAACUCUUAAGGAACCAGUACCACAACCAAAAGAGCAUGAAGGCAAGAAGUGGUUCCACCCACAUUGUACUCGUGCACAGGCUGAGGAAUUACUGCGGAAGGCUAAUACAGAUGGCGCCUUUCUUGUCAGGCCUAGUGAGAAAGAGCAGGGCUCCUUCGCUAUUAGUUUUAGAACUGAAAGAGAAAUAAAGCAUUGCAGGAUAAAACUAGAAGGUCGGCUGUACACUAUUGGUACAGUGAAGUUUGAGAGUCUUGUAGAAUUGGUCUCGUACUAUGAGAAACAUCCCUUAUACAGGAAAGUAAAACUGUGGUUCCCAAUCAGCGAAGACAUAGUCAGGAGAAUUAUUUCUGAGCCUGAUGAUAGUUCUGUAUAUGGUACACCUGGUUACAUGGAUCCCACGUCGUUUACAUCUAAAGUGACAGUCAAAGCUUUAUACGACUAUCGUGCACAGCAAGACGACGAGCUGUCAUUCUGCAAACACGCUAUAAUAACCAACGUGGAUAAACCUGACAAGGGAUGGUGGCGCGGGGACUACGGUGGUAAACGUCACCAUUGGUUCCCAGCCAACUAUGUACAGGAGAUUGACGUGCCACAUAUGCCUGAUAUUGCUGGCUGCCUAGAGAACGAGACAGCGGCUUUAGGGUCACUCCAAAAAGGUGUAGUAGAUGUAUUAGGUGCAGUAGUAGAGCUGGUUGUUGGAGAGGAAAAUGGCUCAUCCAGGUGGUUGGUGCGCAUACAAAGCCCAUCAAUGUGCGCACCAUUCGACAUGGCUGCACCCAGUAAUGAGGUAGCCCUUGAAUGGUUGUCAGCCAUCAAGGAGGCCGCCCACAGCGCCAGCGCCCGCUCUCUACAACACCGAAAAAUGGAACGCACGUGGAGAAUCGCAAAGGAAAUGUCUGACCUCAUAGUGUACUGUCGCUCAGUCGCGUUCAACCAGGACAGGCUCCGCAACAAGGGCUUCAUAUUCCACGAAAUGUCCUCAUUCCCUGAAACGAAAGCCGAAAAACUAAUGUGCCAACAAGAGAACUCAUUCUUCCUCAAGUACCACACGAUACAACUUAGCCGGAUUUACCCAAAAGGCCAAAGAAUAGACUCAUCUAAUUACAAUCCGGUGCCCUUCUGGAAUUCUGGGUCGCAGAUGGUUGCUCUGAACUAUCAAACUGCAGAUAAGCCUAUGCAAAUAAAUAUGGGCAAGUUCCGAGAGAAUGGUGGUUGUGGAUUUAUACUGAAACCGGAUUUUAUGUUCGAAGAUGGCUACAAUCCCUGCGACAAAAAGAGUAUAGAAAAGAAAGUGAGACCGUUGUCUGUGGUGCUGCGUGUGAUCGGAGCAAGACAUCUCUGUAAGUCUGGUAGAGGUACUGCGAGUCCCUUCGUUGAAGUGGAGAUCAUCGGUGCAGAAUAUGACAAUGGGACGAAACUGGUGACUAAGACUGUUGGCGACAACGGCAUCAACCCCGUUUGGAACGAUAUGGUCGAGUUUGAAGUGGCCAACCCACAAUUGGCGCUAAUACGUUUCCUAGUUCAAGAUGAGGACAUGUUCGGUGACCCUAAUUUCAUCGGACAGGCAACAUAUCCGUUAAAAUGUAUACGCACCGGUUACCGUAGCGUGCCGCUUACAAACGGUUACUCAGAGGAACUUGAACUGUCCUCAUUAUUAGUUCAUAUCGCACUACAUUACCAUUAGAGUAUGUAAUGAGUAUGUGAUUACAUGUUAUCAUUAGUAAUAUCUAUAUAAUGAACUAU